AUGUCCCGAUUUGUUCCGCAAAGUAAACUUGUCGAUGAGAAACUUGUUAGACGGUUCGCAAAUGAACUUGGAUACGUUGAAAAGCUACUAGUUUUAACCGGAGCUGGAAUAUCCACGGAAUCAGGCAUUCCUGAUUAUCGGUCAAAGGAUGUUGGAUUAUAUGCGAGAUCAAAUCACAAACCCGUUCAGCAUAUUGAUUUCAUGAAAUCUGCAAAUGUUAGGAGACGAUAUUGGGCAAGAAACUAUCUUGCUUGGCCAGUUUUCGGAAAUGCCAAAUGUAAUAGAAACCAUUACGAAAUAGCUCAAUGGGAAAACUCUGAACGAUUUGUAUGGCUCAUUACUCAAAAUGUUGACGGUUUACAUGUGAAGGCAGGAUCCAAAAUGAUCACAGAAUUGCAUGGCUCCGGCCGAUUUGUACGAUGUAUGCGUUGUGAUUACCAUGAAAAAAGAGAUAAUUAUCAGCGAUUGUUAGAAGAAUUGAAUCCAGGAUUCAUGCAAAAGUAUACAAACCCUGGAGAAAUGGCUCCAGAUGGCGACGUUAUGCUAGAACCGGACGCAGAAAAAGAAUUCAUUAUUUCUGAUUGUCCAAAAUGUGGAGGGAUCAUCAAAACGGAUGUGAUAUUCUUCGGUAACAUUUUCAUUGUAUUUUUCUCCAGUUCAAUUUGUGACUUUUCGGUUGACGAAUGCGACGGAGUUCUAGUGCUCGGUUCCAGUCUAUCAGUAAUGUCCGGGUACAGAUUUAUUUAUCAGGCGCACAAACAGGACAAACCAAUAUUCAUUGUGAACAUUGGUCCAACAAGAGCUGAUCAUUUAGCAACGAUGAAUGAAGUUGAGUCUGAGAAGUUUUUGAAUUUGGCAGCGGCGGCGUAUGCAGAUGCAGAAAAUGUCACAUCCCGGCAAAGCUGCAUUGAUCUUUCUUAUCCAAAUGAUAACUUUCGUGUGCUGAUGGUCAUGUCAACGCCGUGUGAUAAACACAGUAACCAAUGUCAAGCAUUUGUCGCAAUAUCGGAUGAAACUAGCCAAGUAAUAGUGUCUUUUCGUGGUACCAAUAGCGGAGGACAAUUGUUAACCGAGUUUUCGAACGGACUUCAGGAUUUGGUUCCAUUUAUUGAGACAGACGGAAGUGAUAAUCAAAUAAAUGUCGGAAAUGUCAACGUUUAUUUCCUCAAUGCAAUGAAUCAAAUGUGGGAUAACAUGGUUCAUCCAAGUAUUAUAACACGUCAAAAUUACACGUAUUUGUUAACCGGACAUUCGCUGGGUGGAGCAAUCGCAACACUGACAGCAUUUCGAAUUGCAUUUCGGCAAUAUUCGACCAAAAUUAAAGUUCACACAUUCGGAGAGCCGCGAGUUGGUGAUAUGAGAUUCGCAAACUAUUUUUCGGAUGUGAUUCCUUACGCUUUUCGAGUCGUUCAUAGCACAGAUCCAGUACCGCACUUGCCUCCAUUGCAUUUAGACAACUUGACCGCUGAUGGAUAUCCUUACCAUCAUCCAAGAGAAAUAUGGUAUAACAACGAUUUUACGAAUUAUGUGCUUUGUGAUCCAAUAAAUGGAGAGGAUUUUGAAUGUAGCGACAAGAAAAGGUUUUGGGAUUACGGUCGCGGCGGAGCACUCCGGCAUACUCAUUAUUUUAACCAUUUUGUGUCCGAAUAUGGUGCCGACGGAUGCAAUAACUCACGAUUAAGCAUUAUGAAUUUCUGGUCAUUAUAUUUAUUAGCUACUUUAUCAAUUUCGUUCUAUUAUUCAGCAUAA